CUUCCUGCGUGUCACAGCAGACAAGCUGCCAAAUGUCAGAGCUGAACUCACUGCCGAACUGAGAUCAUCACCUACCAAUCGCUGCUGUGGGAGGUGCAACGGAUCUUAAAAACACGGCUCGCUAGAUAAAUACAAAGCAUUUCCGCCUGACUCCGGAUCACCGUCUACAGCGGAUCACCCUGAACUUGACAUUUGAAAUGGGUUGCACCAAAAUGGAGAACCUGCUUCAGUUCUUUGUCUGUCUCAUCAUUGUCCUCAAAACGAUUGUGGCUGAUGAAGUGAUUUAUCUGCGAGUUGGACAGAGGGUUGAACUGAAUUCUGGAGAUCUUCCCUCAAAUUAUUAUAUGCGCUGGUACUUUGGAAACGAGGAUGGGCUUGAGCUUGCUGACGCUUCAUAUUUGAGUAGAAAACAAGUUAAUAUAGAUUCCGGUGAAAUCUGGAAAAGCAGGUUGUCCUUCUCUGCCAAUAAUCUGGCCAUCAAUAACAUUCAAGAGGAAAACUUUGGAACCAUCAUCUGCAGAGUGAAAGAUGGUAUUAAUCUACUUCGCACAUUAAAAUUUCACCUGAUCAAAGUCAUGGUGAGUCUGGAGGAACAACGACCAUUCCUGAUCCCUGGAGAUCGUCUGUCUCUGAACUGCAAAGCUGACACUAAAAUAAAACACUUAGUUUCUUGGCUAAAUCCAGCGGGCAACAGAGUACCUGUUCUCCAAGGAUCAGUCAGAAAGAAAGCUGAAACCCAAGACAAUGGAGAGUGGACGUGUGUUGUGACAGAUAACGGAAAAAAGAGCAGUUUCAAAUUUUUUGUUUCUGUUGUUGACUUCUCCUCUGCAUCCAAAUAUGUCUACACAUCUACAAACCUCCCUCUUAGCAUUCCUUUUUGGAUCACUCCCAAAGAGUUUGUGCAAAACAUACUGUCCAGUGUUGAGACAGUCGAGUGGCUCUUCACCCCGAAAACAUCUUCCACUCAACAGACUAUCAUCUCCUUCUCAUUAAGGAAUGGACAGAUAAAACAGGAGGAUGCAGCCGGAGAACUGAGCUAUAAGAACUUCACAGCUGGUGGAAAUUUCUCCUUGCACAGAAAUCUGGCCAGGGCAGAAGACAGAGGGACCUACAACUGCUCCAUCACAUUUACAAAUGGCUUCGUGCUCAGCAGGAUUCUGGUUGUAGAGGUGCUGGAAAUCAUCCCCUCCCCAGGAACAGAGUUAAUUUCAGGCCACCACCUGAACCUGUCCUGCUCCAUCAGCGGUCUUCUGGAAACUGGUGUCACGGUGAAAUGGGUCCCCCCUGAUACAUCAUCCUUCGCAAAAGCCGAUAUUUCGUCCGGUCACCUCAUCAUCCCCAGAGUGGGAACGGAGGACUCUGGAAACUGGAGGUGUGAUCUGAGGCAGAACACGACGACGCUGACGUCAGCUGUGAUAGCUCUGAAGAUCGAUCCCAUUCUCACUGUGUGGAUGAUAGUGACCAUUUGCGGCGCUGGAGUCAUCCUGAUCCUCCUCCUUGUUCUAGCUUUCAUCCUCUGGAGGCGCAGACAGCGGAAGAUGAGACAGCUCAGGCAUCGACUCUGCAAGUGCGCAAACCCAAAGCCAAAAGGUUUCUACAAGGCCUGAGAGUCGGGACGUUCACAGCAGGAGAUCAGGGCGUCAUGCAAACUAUUCUGUCCCAAACGGACUGUCAUCGUUUCCGAACUGGGCGAACUCUCUUUUAUGUGUUGAAGGACAGACAGUAGAUGUUGCUAAAAUGAAAAAAGAGAGGAAACAAAUGUAAAAAUUGUACAUAUCAACUUUUUCUUACCUUUUUUUGAUUGUUUUUUACUGAUAAUGGUCAUUUCAACCAGAUUGGAUAUUUGCUGUUUUUGACUUUGCAUCUCUUAAUGAAACAAGUCAGCUUGGAAACAGUUUUAACUACUUUUUAAAAAUGUGACUGGUAAUUGAAAUAUAUCAACCAGAGACCAAUGCUUGCUACUUGCUACCAUAUAGAUUAGUGAUUCUUUGGAGAUUAUAUUUGCUUUUCUGUAAUGACUGGCAGUUCACAGUCAUCACCAUUAAUUGCUCCCCGAUCUUAACUCCUGACAGCCUUACUGAUGUUGACAUGCUGUCUUUCUACUGUUUCCAAUUUUAAUUUAUAUCAACUGUUUUACUCUUACCUUAUUAGGGUCAGGAUCAUUUUGGAGUCAGAAAUUUGUACUUAAAAUGUGACAUAUCUGUAAUAUUGUGAAUUUAUUAUUGUAGAAACACAGUUUUUUAUU